GACCACUCAUUGGCGUCCAUCUUAGAAACACGUGUCGAUGGUUCGGACUGUUUGUUCGAAGACUUACCAGACGCCUCGGCGGCCGUUCGAGAAAGAACGACUCGACCACGAGCUCAAAAUGAUCGGUGAAUACGGUCUGCGCUGCAAACGUGAAGUGUGGCGCGUGAAGUACGCGCUCGCCAAGAUGAGGAAAGCGGCAAGAGAGCUGCUGACACUCGACGAGAAAGACCGGCGACGGCUGUUUGAAGGCAAUGCCCUUCUUCGUCGUCUGGUUCGUGUCGGCGUGCUGGACGACAGUCGCAUGAAACUCGAUUAUGUGUUGGGAUUGAGAGUCGAGGAUUUCCUCGAGAGGCGACUGCAGACGCAGGUUUUCAAGCUCGGAUUAGCGAAGUCCAUCCAUCACGCCAGAGUACUCAUCAAGCAGAGACACAUUCGAGUUAGGAAGCAAAUUGUGAAUGUCCCCUCAUUUAUUGUGAGGUUGGAUUCUCAGAAGCACAUUGAUUUUGCAUUGACGUCACCGUACGGAGGAGGCAGACCAGGGAGAGUGAAGAGAAAGAACAUGAAGAAGGCACAGUCUGCAGCGGGUGGAGAUGACGACGACGAAGACGACGAUUAAGAAGUUUCCGAAGCGAACAGAUGUUGUAGUCGUAUGAUGUUGUCGUUAUACCCGCGACUGAUCAUUUAUUCAAUAAAGUUUCGAAAAAUUAUUAGUUA